UUUUUUUUUUUGGUCGUGAUGCUGGUUUAAUACAAACUGUUAGAAUGUAGUUUCUGUAAGUAGAAAAAUACAGUUUUUAAAUCAGGUCAAUAAAUACCUGUAAUAUUGUCAUCCUCACAGUCGUGAGUUAAGUUUUGAAGCAGGAAUAUCUGGAGGAGUAUCAUCUGAACUGAGAUCUGCUGUGAAGAUGGUGUUUGUUAAAGAGGAGAGAGAGGAGGACACGAGUGAACCAGAACCCUGGAGAAUAAAACAGGAGGAACCAGAACCCUGGAGAAUAAAACAGGAGGAACCAGAACCGUGGACAAUAAAACAGGAGGAUCCAGAACCCUUGAUAGUAAAACAGGAGGAACCAGAACCCUUGAUAGUAAAACAGGAGGAUCCAGAACCCUUGAUAGUAAAACAGGAGGAACCAGAACCCUUGAUAGUAAAACAGGAGGAUCCAGAACCCUGGAGAGUAAAAGAUGAGGAACCAGAACCCUGUAGAAUAAAACAGGAGGAACAAGGAGUGUUGAUUGAAGAAAAACUGGAGAAUGAAGAAUCAAGUGAAGUUGAGGAGAAAAAUCAUGUCAGAACUGGAGAAAAUUUUAAGAGCUGCUCUCAAACCAAACAGAAAGAUUUAAAGAAAAGAAGAGCCGAGAAAUCUUUCAUCUGCACUCAAUGUGGAAAGAGUUACACAGGCAAAACAAGUCUUGAGCAUCACAUAAGGGAUCAUGCUGGAGAGAGGCCGUUCACUUGUGAUCAAUGUGGGAAGAGCUUCUCACAAUCAGCACACCUUUAUGAUCACAUAAACAUCCACACUGGAGAGAAGGAGCACGCAUGCGAUCAAUGCGGCAAAAUGUUUUUAUGGGCUUCAGUUCUGAAGAAACACUUAAAAGUUCAUACAAAGGAGAAGCCACAUUCAUGCCAUUUGUGUGGUAACAGUUUUUUGUGUCUAGAAAAUUUGAAAGAACAUCAGAAAAUACAUUCUACUGUGGCAGAGUACAUGUGCUUUGAGUGUGAAAAGACUUUUACUUCAGCUAACUGUUUAAAACUGCAUGAGAGGAUUCACACUGGAGAAAAACCGUACAAGUGUUCACACUGUGACAAGAGAUUCAGUCGAUCAGCACAUCUGAAAACACACGAGAUGAUCCACACUGGAGAGAAACCUUAUAAGUGUUCACACUGUGACAAGAGAUUCAGUCGGUCAACACAUCUGAAAACACACGAGAUGAUCCACACUGGAGAGAAACCUUAUAAGUGUUCACACUGUGACAAGAAAUUCAAUCAGUCUGGAGACCUGAAAACACAUGAGAGGACACACACUGGAGAGAAACCUUAUAAGUGUUCACACUGUGACAAGAGAUUCAAUCGGUCAACACAUCUGAAAACACACGAGAUGAUCCACACUGGAGAGAAACCUUAUAAGUGUUCACAUUGUGACAAGAGAUUCAGUCGGUCAACACAUCUGAAAACACAUGAGAUGAUCCACACUGGAGAGAAACGUUAUAAGUGUCCACACUGUGACAAGAAAUUCAAUCAGUCUGCAGACCUGACAACACAUGGGAGGAUUCACACUGGAGAGAAACCUUAUAAGUGUCCACACUGUGACAAAAGUUUCAAUCAGUCUGGAGACCUGAGAACACAUGAGAGGAUUCACACUGGAGAAAAACCUUACAAGUGUUCACACUGUGACAAGAGAUUCAGUCGAUCAGCACAUCUGAAAACACAUGAGAUGAUCCACACUGGAGAGAAACCUUAUAAGUGUUCACAUUGUGACAAGAGAUUCAGUCGAUCAGCACAUCUGAAAACACACAAGAUGAUCCACACUGGAGAGAAACCUUAUAAGUGUCCACACUGUGACAAGAAAUUCAAUCAGUCUGGAGACCUGAAAACACAUGUGAGGAUUCACACUGGAGAGAAACCUUAUAAGUGUUCACACUGUGAAAAGAGAUUCAGUCGGUCAACACAUCUGAAAACACACGAGAUGAUCCACACUGGGGAGAAACCUUAUAAGUGUUCACACUGUGACAAGACAUUCAGUCGGUCAGCACAUCUGAAAACACAUGAGUUAAUUCACACUGGAUAGAAACCUUAUAAGUGUCCACACUGUGACAAGAAAUUCAAUCAGUCUGGAGACCUGAAAACACAUGAGAGGAUUCACGGAGAGAAAGUGUUCUAACUGCGACGAGAUUCAAUCAGUUAACAUAUCUGAAAACAUAAGGUUUUUCUCCAGUGUGGAUCCUCUCAUAAGUGUUCUCACUGUGACGAGAGAUUCAGUCAGUCAAUACAUCUAAAAACACAUGAGAGGAUCCACACUGGAGAGAGAUCUUAUACAGAGAUCUUAUAACAAUCUCUGUGACUAGAUUCAGACAUUCUUCAAAUCUGAAAACACAUGAGAGGAUCCACGCUGGAAAAUAACUGUAUCACUGCACUGCAUGUGGGAAGCGUUUCAGUCGUUCAUCUGCUCUACACAGGCAUACAAAACACAAUCACAGUAAGGCACAAACGGAGAUGCGUUUAGCUGUAUAUGUAAAUAUUUUGUAUCAUAUCGGCAUUUUGUCCAAAUGGAUCCAGCGUUUUGGGAGCCUGAAAUUGCUUUUUUUCUUAGAGUGGAUAAAUCUGAAAAUGACACCUUUGCAUUUUCGUGUGUACAGCCAAUCCGUAUAUUUUGUGAAAUGAUGAAGUCAUCACCCCACGUCUCGACCCCAGUCACAUCACGUAACAGCAUCAACAAUAACAAAGGUGGAGAACAUGCUUGUGUUCGUGCUGCAGAACCUACUGAGCCUAUUAGCUUUACUAACUUUAUUAGCUUUUCUUGUUGUUGUGUUGGGUUUGUAUACAGCGUGCAAGGUUUAUGAACAUGCUGCAAGUCGUCUUCUCCAUUUUUAGUGUAUCUCUGUGGCAGAAUCACAGCGUCACAUACUGAUCUGCCAUGUAUAUGUAUACCCAUCCCUACUUGUAAGUCAGUAGGAGAGAGAGAUCCAUCUCAUUAGUUUUCAUUUUUACUUUUCAGUAAUGAACACUUUUGCUUUGAGUAAUUAUUAAAUGUUACCUUUUUAUUAAUACAUUCAUUACUUUUUAGAUUUUAUCAACAACUUUUAUGGUCUGCUGAUUGUAUUUGCAUAAGGAAAAAGUAAUUUCAUAAUUUUAGUUUUAAUGGUUGAAUGCCAUGAUGUUUUGAGCUUUGUUUUAAAUUUCUAAAUAAAGCUUUUAAAUUGAAUAGAAUUGAAAGCCUUUAUUGUCAUUGUAUUUUUCUGCAUACAGUGAAAUUAGGAGCACUGCUCCUGACUGGUGUUAGAAAACAAACACAUAACCACAGACAAUACAUGAGACUAUAGACUGUACAGUAGAAAUAUAAAGGUAUAUACAAGUGACUAUGUCAUAAUAUUGUAUAAUAUCACAAUAUCUCUUAUUUACAUUGCGUCUGCACUUAGUCAUGAGAUGAUUCAGGAGCACACAAAACUGCAGUUAAUAAAAACCGAUCCAGCGCUUUCAGCGGUGAGUGAAUUUUCAAUUGCUUUUGCUUUCGUUUGAGGGUUUUUAGCACUGCCUAGUACCCCUGUACAACCGGGCCUGGGAUUAGCUAUCCGCUCCAAUUGCAGUGGAGCUGACAUCGGGGAUGCCACAACUAAAC